GCCUGGAGAGUUCACGCGCCUGCCGGAUAGACGCGUCAAAGCUCUCGGCCUGGUCCUUUCGCCCUUGCUCUCGCGCCUUGGCCUUUUUGCGUAGUUGCAUGCGUUUCGCCGCCUUUCUUUUUCGUGCUUUGCCACGGCUGCUGUAGUGCUCUGAUGCAAGCACGGGGAGGCGCAAAAAUGGCCCAAAGAACAACGCCCAGGCUAUUUCUAGCUGCCCGGCCGCCGCAUGAGACGCGACUUCGUUCUGGCGCAGCGUGCAGAACCUACUCCCCAGAAGACCAAGAGGGACAACACAUCUGCAGUCUACUCUGCAACUUGUCAUGCAAAAUUCACUAAAGAUUCACCGCUACUCAUGCUAGCGGGUGUUAAAGCUCUAAGCCAACGGCCGCAGCGGCCCACUCGUUCUGCAGAGGAGCGGGCUCUCCGGUUGCGCGAGAAAAUGUAUCAAACAGAGAAGCCUACCCAAACAAGAAAAAAUGUGAAUGCUAAAAUUGCGUCGCUCAAAUUUCUGCUGUAAAAGUGCCGAGGCCAGAAGGCCAAGAGUUUUGCGUUUUUGUGCGUUUUAUUGCGCUUUGUAUUUUAUGCACUUUAAUAUAUGAUUCGAAAAGCAGAAGAAGAAGUAGUGAGUAAGUCUUUCAUGAUGCGGAAGGACCGGCGAGAGACCCAAACUCUUUUUCGCCGAAUUGGGUAUGCUUCUCUGUAGGAUGCAACGCCGCGUGUAAACUUACAGCUUUAUCGCUCAUCCACUACUAGAGCUAUCAUUAUCAAGUCGCUACCGUGUCUGAGCCGUAUCGUCGCUGCCUGCACAGGUGAAAUAGCGUGGCAAUGUUUUUUCUAUUUCUUAUUUUUUGCGAACCUGGUGCAUGACUCCGAUGAAGCAUAG